AUGAUACCUCUUGAUGGGAAGAGUGGCAAAGUUGUAUUGCAAAGACCUCUAUGUAAAGUGAUAGGAGUAGUUUGGAAAGGAAUGAUGAAUCAACUUCACACCUUCAAUGAUGUAUGCAAUAAUGAAUCCUUGGUAUCAGACACAGAAACGUCCAUUGCAAAAGAACUUGCAGACUGGCUUAUAAGCAACAAUGUGGUAGAGCAUAUAUUUGGACCAAAUUUACAUAUUGAGAUUAUCAAACAGUGCCAAGUGAUUUUGAACUUCUUGGCAGCGGAAGGGAGACUGAGUACUCAGCAUAUUGAUUGCAUUUGGGCUGCAGCACAGGUAAUAUUAAAAGCACACAUUUAUUAAGUGCUUCCUUAUUAUUUGUUCUAAGUGUUUUAUUCCCUUAUGAGGU